AUGGAUCUUACCGAGAUAGGGGCCUUGCCAAUCCUCAAGGUUCUGGCCCUUGGGCACUAUAUCUUCACUGACAAGAGACAGACAGAUUGGAUUGCAUCCCUAGGUACAAGCAAUAAAAGCGGUGGACUGGAAGAGCUCUAUCUUUACGAAUGUCCUAUCUUGCAUAGAGCCAAGCAAUAUGGGCCUCUGACAGUUGACGGAUAUCCAGUCACCCGCACAGUACGUGACGGCUUACCAGUGAGGGGGCAGUGGCUGCCGCCGGUCACUGAAGAUAGAUCGUAUAGUACAAGAUGGCAUCACGUGCUGUCAGGAUGGAGGGUGAGCAUGACAGGACUCAAGAAGUUCGUCAUGGGAGAGGGAGAUGGCGAUUGCCCAUUUCUCACCUCGGAGGCUAUCUUGCAACAAGAAGAGUACGCACAGAUCGGCGAGGGUGAGAUGAAUUGGCUUUUUGGUCACAAUCGCCACAGAUACUUCGCAUGCACUGACCCAGAGGAGCUCGGCAUUGGUAUGCAGGACUCUUAUCAAACACGCCAUGACAAAUCGAAAAAGGUAGCACUGGGGAAGUAUCUAAAUGGCACGGGGUUGGUGCAAAAGCGAAAGACACGGAUGCAAUACGUUUCGUAUGACGUUGCACUUGACUCUCCUUGGAGUAAAUGGGAUUCGAAUAGAGAUGUGGACUUGGAUGCGGAUGGCGAGGGCUGGGCACCAGAGGAAGAGACUGUCGACUUUGAUGACGCCGCUUACGCAUUGCUUAUGGAGGCUAUCCGAGAUAGACUAGGAUCUUAG